AUGUCGGAAGUAGAGGAAAGUGCAACACUGCAAGAUGACUCAACUGACAAAAAGGAAGACGAUGUAUCGCCUGAUGAUGGUACCUCUGAAGAAAAUACUCCUCAAGAAUCUCCUUCGGAUAUAGAGAAACAGGAAGAAGCAAAAUUGAAAGCAAAAUUUCCUAUGGCGGGCAGGCCGAUGAGCGGUCAUUCAGUGUUCUUACAAAAGAGACUUGCCAAUCGGCAAAAAUAUUUUGAUUCCGGAGAUUACCAAAUGGCGAAACAAAAAUCGGCUGCAAAAGCUCGACAAAUACCAGUUGGUUUGACUAAUGUGACUGGUGAUGCCAUUCCAACUCCAGAAACUGUGCCUGUCAGAAAAGCAUCCAUCAUACAACCUUGCAAAUUUACUCCAACUUCAAACACAUAG